AUGGAGGUCCCCGAUAGACAUCAUUAUCAAAUCGCUUUGGUCGCCCCUCUGAGACAAGACUACGAGACAGCUGCCAUCUUGUUACAGGAUAAACACUACGAAUACGCACUCAAAACCUCUGGAGCGCUAUGUACUCUUGGCAAGAUUGGUCCUCAUCACUUCGUCUUGGCUGGUGGUUGCGGUCAUAAUUCAGACACUGCGCUCUUCGUACACAACACAGUCAGUGAUCUCGUCACAGAAUUUCCCUCCAUCCGGAUCGGCUUCUUGAUUGGAGUAGACGCAAUAGCGCCCGCAGAUGGAAUUGCUAAAGCAGGAGACAUUGUCGUUGGAACACCCCAGGGUAUUGAACCAGGUCUAGUUCAAUUCGAUGCUCGUCAGACAAAUCUUCUCAAUCGCCUUUCUGUCACUCAUCAGAUGAGUCGUCCACCAUAUGCUAUCCAGUCCGUUAUCGAUAGCUUGAGGUCUGCGCCAGGUCGUCUGGAGUGCCAAGAAGAAUUGUUCAACAAAUCCAUGAUUAUUUGCAGCACUGCGAACGAACAAGAAAACCUGGCCUGGAGCAAGUCUCUCAGGGUUCUACAUGGUAAAAUUGCGUCCUCACAAGAUCAUCUGUCCGAAAAUGAUCUCGUCAAGACAGGACGCGACAGCAAAGUUCUCUGUUUCGAACGUGCAGCGGCGAAACUGAAGCCUCAGCUCCCUUUCCUAACCAUUUGUGAUGUAACAAGAACAACCAACACGCUCGAAAACACCUUAAGGGAGCAAAGAUCAGGAAUGUCGGCAGUUAUUUACGCCAUGUUUAUCGCCAGCAAGUUAGAUUCCAAUCAGCUCCAAAAACAGCAUCGCUUCACAGAUAUAUUCUCUUACGAGCCAUUUGGACUUGAACGCCCAGGCUUCCGUCUGAUCCAACUUGAGAGAGGCGUUCAGUCUCCACUAAGAUGCAAUCUUUUCCAGGCUUACCUUGACGAAGAGGAAAGUAUAGUUCCUUAUGAAGCACUCUCAUAUGUCUGGGGCACACAAAGCACGCCCAGCGAAAUUACGGUCGACGGUAAAACAAUGUCCAUCACGACAAGCCUGUACGAGGCUUUGCAUCAUUUGAGGCAGGAAGACCAGGAUCGGAUACUCUGGGUGGAUGCUUUAUGUAUCGAUCAAAGUAACAUCAAGGAGCGCAGUCAUCAAGUCAACCACAUGGGUGAAAUCUACCGAAAAGCCGACAAUGUCAUCGUCUGGCUUGGCUAUCUUAGCGGUGAUGCUGCGUUGUUCAAGGCGGUAAUUGAUCAGUUUGCGAAACAGCUUCCUUCCGAGGCAUUCCGGAGAUGGCCUCGCGAUGAUCCACGGUGGACAGAGACAUGGAAUCAAGUCGAAAGCAGUUCUGGCCUCACUGACAACAAAAGGCUCAUCAAUGGGUUAAACACAUUUAUGGAAAAUCCCUGGUUCAUGAGGGUAUGGGUUUUGUAG